AUGAUUUUUAUGAAAGAGAUGCGCGCCAAUGUGAUCGCCGAAUCGACACUCAAGGAGAGUGCCGCCAUCAAUCAAAUUCUCGGCAAGAAGUGGCACAAUCUAAGCAGAGAGGAACAGGAGAAGUACUACGACAAGGCGCGCAAAGAAAGGGAGCUGCACAUGGAGAUGCACCCGGGAUGGACGGCCAAAGACAACUACGCCAUUAAUGCUAAGAGAAAGAAGAAAAAGAGAGAACGCAAUGCUGAUGGAGGAGCACUGAAGAAGUGCCGUGCCAAAUACGGUCUCGACCAGCAGAAUCGCUGGUGCAAGCCCUGCAGGAGGAAAAAGAAGUGCAUUCGCUACCUCGAGGAGCUUCGCGCGAGAGGCGGCGUGGAAAUGCUGAAUCGAGGCGGCCUCGGCGGUGGCGGCCACCACGAUGACGACAACCUGGGCAGUGUGGGCAGUGUGGAGGCGCCGACGCCUGACUCGAAGAGCACCGCCGAGAGCGAAGACCAAGACCACCUGAACAACUCGACGGAUCUCAGUCUGUCUAGUCCGCCCAGCACUGCGGACCAUCCCUUUCACCACCACUUUAUGAGCUCACUCAACUUUCAGAGCAGUGCCGCAGCCGCUGCAGCCGCCGCUGCCGCCUUCAGUCAUGGCAGUCCAGCGGCGGCGGCGGCCGCCGUCGCUGCCGCCAGUCACCUUCAUCUGAACGGCAAUGGAUCGGCUGGUCACCACCAUCCCCACCACCCCCAUCACCCUCAUCACCACCAUCCGCACCUCUCUUCGCCCUCACUGUUCUACCCACACGCGCCCAGCACGACCAACUCCUCCUCAGCGGCGUCCUCACUGACGCACUCUCCCCUUGGAUCUCGCCACUCUCUGUCCCACCAUCCUCUCCUCAAUCCGCACUCUCCGCUGGCCAACUGUCUCAGCAGCUUUGCCGCCUCUUCCUCCUCCAACCCAAAUACCACCUCUUCGAGCGCCUCCUCAACGCCGACCAGCAGCACCGCCGGCGCUCACCAGGGUCCACCGCGCAACAGCCCAUUCAGUAUUGAUCAACUGGUGGGCCCACCUCGACCGACGCCCACGUACCCCUCAAACCGCUCUUCUUCCUCAUCGAUGCCCUCAAAGCUGCUGAGCAGCAAUAGCAAGUCAGGCAGCAGCAGUGGCAGUGGCAAUGACCGCUCAGUGACCGUCUCAGUGAUCACGCAACUGCCCACACCUCCGUCCUCUACGGACUCGACGACCAGUGCCACGCCGACGAUGCUCUCCGUCGCAUAG